AAUACCCUAUCUUCAUUUAGCUAAUAUCAGCGAGGAAAGAUACUCACUUUUAACCAGUUGUGAAUAUGCUAAGGCUUGGAAAAUUAGUAUUGAUGAAAUUAAGGGUUGCCCUCUAUUAAACUCCUAGUUGGGAUAACAAGGGGGCUAUGUUAAUUAGUGUUAUCCCCUCCCCCCACGGGACAUUUCCAAGUACCUCCUGACCCGUUUUCCAAACAGAGGAACGAGUUGUCAGACGGUCCCCAAAAAAGAAAACAGUCUCUAUUGUUCCAGCAGCCGCUGUGCUCUGGACGGUGCAGUACCGCCUCUGGCCGCAGAGGGCGCUGCCCGCAUGGCAGGCCGGGCUCCGCGGCCUUCACAUCUUUUUGUCUGAGAACUGGAUCCCUCUGCCGCUCUACCGUGUGUGCGAUAGCCGCGGAGCUGCGUCCGUAACACACUGUCAAACCACUCCAAACGAAUACAACCGCGACCAAAAGCAUUAAUUCUACACAUCCUGCAAUGGCGCUUCUAAUCUGCCGGUAAAUCGGUCGUAUUUCUGACUGUUCGUUGGAAGUUAGUCCGGGGUUGAAUCGGCUUGCUUUCUGUGUGCAUCAGUCUUUAUUAGCGAGCUGCCGCUCUUCUUGCUAUCAGCUAUUUCUUUAACUUUUUAAACACUCAGCUUCGCGAAUGACUGAGCGCCGGCGGAGUAUGGGAUCCUUGGUGUCUUAAGAAGCGACUGAAGUGGGGUUUAACCGUUUUUGCAUGCAAAAACAAUGGCAAAUUCGACGGGGAAAAAUCUACUAGAUCAGCGAAGGAAAGGACAGGCUUUCCUGGACGAGCUGCGGCAAUUUCACCAAAGCAGAGGAUCGCCGUUCAGAAAGAUUCCUAUCGUGGGUGGUAAAGAGCUGGAUCUGAAUGCUCUCUAUAUCAGAGUCGUAUCUUUAGGAGGAUUUGCUAAGGUCUCCGAUAAAAACCAAUGGAUUGAACUUGGAGACGAGUUUCACUUGCCAAGGAGUUGUUCCAACGCUGCAUUUGCUUUAAAACAGUACUACCUUCGAUACUUGGAGAAAUAUGAGAAAGUCCACCACUUCGGUGAGGAUGAUGAGGAAACGCAGCCGGGGAAUCCAAAAAACCUUCUUCCAAUCGGUGCAAUUCCCAGCUCUUAUAACUACCAGCAACACAGUGUAUCAGACUAUCUCCGCCAAAGCUAUGGACUGUCUUUGGAUCUGGUUCCGCCGUGCGACUACAACAAACUGGUGCUGUCUCUCCUCUCGGGUCUACCCAACGAAGUGGACUUCGCUGUUAACGUGUGCACGCUGCUUUCCAACGAGAGCAAGCACUCCAUGCAGCUGGACAAAGAACCCAAACUGGUGACGCUGCUGCUGGCCCACGCCGGCGUCUUCGACGACUCACUAGGCAGCUUCUCUGGGGUAUUCGGGGCGGACUGGAAGGAAAAGACCUCCCGGGACUUUGUCAGGUUCUGGAAGGAUGUGGUGGAGGACGAUGAAGUCAGGGAGCUGAUCUGGGACAAGAACAGUCGGGCACAAGGUACGUCGUGUGAAGGGCGCUGGCAGAGCCUCUUCCACCCGCCGCGGAACUCAGGCAUCAGCGACAUGGAGGCGCAGCGGGUGCUGCAGAUCGCCGUUAUCCUGCGGAACCUCUCAUUCGAUGAGGCCAAUGUCAAGCUGCUGGCGGCCAACCGAACGUGCCUGCGCUUCCUCUUGCUCUGCGCCCACUGUAACCUCAUCUCACUCCGACAGCUCGGACUGGACACGCUGGGCAACGUGGCUGCCGAGCUCCAGCUGGAUCCCGUGGACUUUCGGACGACUCAUCUGAUCUUUCACACCGUCACCAAAUGUUUGAUGUCCAGGGACCGGUUUCUCAAGAUGAGAGCCAUGGAAAUCCUGGGCAACCUCAGCAAGGCCGAGGACAACAGCGUGCUUAUCUGUGAGUACGUGGACCAGGACUCGUACAGGGAGGUAAUAAUGCUCCUCACCCUGCCUGACCUCAUGCUUCUCAUGGCCUCUCUGGAGGUGCUGUACCUCCUGGCCCAGCUCGGAGAGAUUCCCUGCAGCAAGAUCGCCUCCGUCGACCAUAGCAUAGACUUGUUAGUGCGGCUAGUGUCGGUCGACCUUCAUACGUUCGGACCCGACGCUCUCACGGCGGUGCGGUUGAUCGAGCAUCAGGCCAACGCGGAGCAGGCGACCGAGGUCCGACCCCAGCUGGUGGAGCAGGUCCCCGCAGCCGUGCAGGGAGCAGCAGCGCCUGGAACGAGGGUCCCAGCUCAAUCCGCCCAACCACCACCGGGUAUUGUUGAACUAGAUGGGGAAAAGUUUAUACUGCAGUGGCUGAACGCACACUUUGAGACAAACUCCGAUGGCGCCGUGUCACGAUCAGAAAUGUACUCGGAGUACUUGUCCACAUGCAGUAAAAUGGGACGAAGCAACAUCCUGAACUCCACAGGCUUCCUCAAAUGUCUGCGCACUGUGUUUCCCAACCACACGAUGCGGCGGCAAGAGGAGUCCAAGUCCAACGGUCAGGUCCACAUCCUGCUGGUGGGGCUGAGGCGCAGGGCCAUCCCCCUGCCCAUCCAGCUGUACUACCAGCAGCAGCCGCAGCAGCAGAGUCCGGCAGCAGCUGCAACCCCCCCAGCAGCCCGACGCAUGGCUUCUGGAGACCCUCAGGUCACGCCAACAGGCUUACCUCUCGGGCCUCCUGGUCUUGGACCCCAGUUUGUGAGGGUCCUCAACCCCAGCAUCAGCACCGCUGCUGCUGCCGCACAGGAAGCUCCUCAUGCUAACCACCCGACUGUUUCCCGCCACCCUGCGUCUCCGCCGGUACCCAUCAAUCCUCUGGCAGCAGCCCAACAGGUCCGGCCUGGUCCAGUGGUCCAGAUUCCAACGUCGACACCAGGCACACAGAACCACAGCCCGCAGAACCCUGGGGCUCCCCCCACGGCUCAGCUACACUCACCCAUGCUGCCCACAGGGACGCCUGUCACGCUCUUUCAGCAAGUACCGCAGGGCCACAUCCUCACCGCCAGGGUGCAAGGGGUGUGCCCCCCGCAGGUGGAGGCACCCUCUUCUUCCAUCCAGUUGGGACACGGUCAGACGCCCAAUUCCCAGGGGUCACGAGGCACAUUUCAAAAUAUCGCCCCCAAACCAGCACCAGGGGCGGCUGGACCAGCAGCCAGUCCCAGCCAGCAGCAGCAGAGUGUGGUCUUAGUCAACCCCCAGCAGAGCCAAGCAUUCAACCCCGCCAUGCACCAGAUAGUUCUCACAAACCCCUCCGCUGUUCCCGGCGCCCAGACUAUCCAGAUAGCAGGGCAGACUGGAGUUUCAAGCCCCUGCCCGCCCCCCACUACAAAUCAAACUGUCAGCCAGUCGCUGUCAAUGAAGCGGCAGCAGCAGCUCCAAAUGAUCCCCCAACCUCCUCCCCCUCAGCCUACCUCCACUGAGUCUAGCUUGAUCAAACAGCUACUGCUUCCAAAGCGAGGGCCCUCCACCCCGGGAGGAAAGCUCAUCCUACCCGCUCCCCAGGUACCCCUUCCCAACAGCACGUUAGCCCCCAGUCCACAGGUCAUGUACCAGCCGAGCUACAGUAGCCAGAAUCCCUCUCUUCAGCAGCUCAAUGUCCAGCUGGUUCCUGGUCAGCUUCCCGCUGCAGGAGCCCCCGCCCCCCAGACGGUCCAGCUGUUGCCAGGCCAUCUCCUCUCCACCAGCAGCUCAGGGGCCGCGACCGUCAUCCAGGGCCCCCCGGCAGCGGGACAAGUUACAUUCACCGUGGUCCCCAACACUGGCUUCCCCUCCUCCUCCACUGCUGCUGCUGUCAGUCAGGGUGCCGUGGCGCCUGGUGUUCCCCCUCCUCCAUCCUCUACUGCCUCAGUGCCCCCCCACGCCGCAGCAGCUCAGCCACUGCCAGCUCCCCUCAGAGGAGACAAGAUCAUUUGUCAAAAGGAGGAGGAGGCCAAGGACGCCACGGGGCUGCACAUCCACGAGAGAAAGAUAGAGGUGAUGGAGAACUCCUCGUUGGGAGAAGGCAAAACCAGUAACGGCGACGUGGCGGGAGGCGCCAAGCUGCUAAAUGGUAGGAAGUGCAUGGAGUCUAAUCUACCUUCAUACCACUCAGGGAACAGCCAGGAGGCGCUCAAUGGCCCGACAACGGAGGCACACCCUGCUAAUGGUAAGCAGGCUCUCUCCCCCAGCACCAACCCUCUGGAGGGAAACCCCGACCCCAAAAAGACCCUCGUCAACGGGGUGUGUGACUUUGAUCGGGUAGACGGUGGUGGUAACUUAAGCAAAAACAUUCCAAAUCACAUUGCUUCCAAACAGUACUUUGGGAACGGGCAGGUGGGCCCCACUGAGAAGAGUCACGGGUCAGACCCCCUUCCUCCUAGUCCUCCGCCCCCCCAGCAGGACAUUGCCAAAGCCCAGCAGGCCGAGCGCCUCGCUAACGGACCCCAGGCAGUAGGCAACAGACCCCCCUCGGAAUUAACCAACGGACCUAUGGGGCCAGGCCAUAACGUGCCUGUGCUUAGGCAGCAACUGCUCCCCAGCUCCACCCUCCCCCCCACCGUCACUGUUACCUCCCAGGGUCCCGCAAACGGCAUGCCCUCAGAGGCUCGGGGUCUCAAGAGGCCGGCGGAGAGCGAGGACCGCAGUGCAGCGGCGGCGUCCUCGGGGAUCCCCAACAAGGUGGGGGUGCGGAUCAUCACCAUCAGUGACCCUAACAACGCGGGCAGCAGCUCCACCAUGGUGGCGGUGCCAGCAGGAACAGACCCGAGCACAGUAGCCAAAGUAGCAAUAGAGAACGCCGCUCAGCAGAGGAACUGCUCGCCCACGCUGACGGCCGGCCUCACGCCUGCAGUAACGCCGCCUGUAUCGCAGCCAGGAGGAAACCACAGCCCAGCACAGCAGAGCCCCGCAGCCCCCCCGGAGCAGCCCAGGAAAGCUGGGCACAACUUCAAGUGUCUGUGGCAGUCCUGUAAACGGUGGUUUGAAACGCCGUCUCAGGUGUUUUACCACGCAGCGACGCAGCAUGGUGGGAAAGGCGUAUAUGGAGGCCAUUGUCAGUGGGAGGGGUGUGAACCCUUUCCCCGGCAGAGACUGUCCCUGAUCACACAUCUACAGGAUAAGCAUUGUUCUCGAGAGGCUUUACUGGCUGGACUCAAACUAGAGGAGCAGCAGGCACAAAGUCCCAAUCAGACUACUUCCCAGACUCCGCCAGCGGCAGGCAGUACUCCGACACCGCGACCACCGAAGGCCAUCGUGAAUCAUCCAAGCGCAGCUCUCAUGGCUCUUCGUAGAGGCUCUCGAAACCUGGUCUUCAGGGACUUCACUGAUGAGAAAGAGGGACCAGUGACCAAACACAUCCGACUAACUGCUGCCUUAACGUUAAAGAACAUCGCCAAGCACUCUGACGGCGGUCGCAUGUUGGUAAAGAGGCAUGAGACGCACCUCUCCGUGCUCGCGCUAAGUAACAUGGAGGUUUCCACCACGCUCGCCAAAUGCCUUUAUGAACUGACGCGCGCUCUCCAGGCUUAACGCCAAAAGGACAAGCUCAACAACCCCCCCACAAACCUCUCCUCCUCCGGAGCCCAGAGGAGGAAACCACCAGUGAGCCGUAGCGGGUCUGCAGGGGGAGCGGAGGGCAGGAACCCGGAACAACAACAACAACAACCCUCUUGCCAACCCCCUCUCAUCCCUAACCUCCUUCCUGCCGCAUCCACACACACUCACAAAUAUAAACUGCCACGGGGUCUUCCACCAGCUGCCCACCAGGGGGGGCUCUUUAAGACUGCUUCCCUGAGGGACUCUACCGACGAAACCCUAAAAUACGAGCACAUUUUCCUUACGGUUUUUUGUUAAUUUUAUUUUCCUCUUGGUCUCGUGAACUGAUGUGUGCGUUGGAAUGAGUGGCGGUCGACUGAAGAGGACGGAUUGGAGCGAAGGGGGCGGGGCUAAUGUAGGACUCUCACCGAUUGGUUGGAGGAGGACUAAGCUGGCAACCGGCGCAGAUUUAGAAAAAAAAAAUCUUUAGGAACUUGGUAGCUUGGUUUUCUUACUUGAGUCAAUAUAUUUUCACUUAUUUAUUAUUGAAAUGAAUACCAUUACAAUUAAUGAAAAAGAAUCUUGUAAAUAUGUUGUGAAUAUAUAUAAAGAAGAUCCUCUUUGAUGCCGAUGCAGCCACUGGAGAACUUGCUCUGUGGAGUAAUAGAAGCAUUACUUUGGUAGAAUUGAAUAAAGUAGUAUGUUUUUUGUUUGUUUUGCUUUUUUUUAUGAUCCCUGGUCACUUGUAUCUAAUGUGAUUCUAUACUCAGCAGUGGAUGAAUGUAAUUAAAAACCUGUAAAUAAUUCUGCAAAGGUACUGAUGCUGUAAAGCUUAAGGAGGGGAUAAAAACAGUUUUUUGUGGAACUGUGACAUUUUUUGUAUAAUAAUACCUUGUAGAACUCAUUUUGCUGGCUGAAAGAGUAUGGAAUAAUAUAUCUCAUGUCAUUUUGUAGAAGAAAAAAAAUAUUGAAGGUAUUCUCUUCCCUUCCUCUUCCCUCACAAGCCCCUCCCCCCUCCUCAACACGCACACACACGUAACAUUUAUCCACUGUAAGCAUUUUGUCAUUGUACGGGCACAGUGCGCGUACCAAAAUUGUUUUGUAUUUGUAAAUUGGUUUAAAUACAUGGAGUUUUUAUACAGGUUUUCUCCUGUGUUCUUUGCUUUAUGUGCAGGUAUGAUAUUUUCUUCACUACUUUUUUCUAUCUUAAUAUAGUGUGGAGUUUUAUUGUACUAUUUUUUCAUUCUUAAUACCAUGCCACAUUCCGGCUCACGUCCUCAGACUGUCCUCUCUACCGUGUGUUGUGUAACAUUUCUGACUGCCUGUCGUAUUAGCAUCUGACCGGGGCGACCCCACCAUCCUCAUUUCUGCGGUGUCGGUAGGAUGUGUGACUAUACAUAGACCUAACAGUCUGUUAGAGAUUGGCUUUAUUUACUUUGGUGACUGUUUAUAGUUUUUAAAUAAAACACUGAACAUUUUG